AUGAUUUUAGUUUGUAUUAUGGAAAAACAAAAUAUUCAACAAAAUGUUGGUGUUGUAGGAUUAGAAGAAGGUAAAUCUUACUUUAAUUCAUUUACACUUAUUAAUAAUAAAUCAACAGAUGUAGACGAAUUAAUUCAGAAAAGUAUAGAUGGUAUUGAAGGAGGAAUAGAAGCAUAUCGUGAAAAUGGAAGUGGUUGGUAUUUUAAAGAAGUGGAAAAACUUGAAAUUCAUACGGUUGAAUAUAAUCCAACAAAGGGAUCAUCUUACAUUUCUCUUCCAAAUUGGAUAUCAAAUAAAAAAGCAAUUGUUAAUAUUAAAAACAAAGAUGAGAAAUGCUUUCUUUGGUGUAUACUUAGAUAUCUUCAUCCAAAAAAAGAUAAUGAUAGUGGAUUGUUAGAUUUAAAGAAGUAUGAAUUUUCACUUAACACUAAAGGUAUUACUUUUCGUAUGAAAUUAAAAGACAUCACCAAAUUUGAAAAACUUAAUCCAGAACUUCCAGGAAUUAAUGUUUUUUCAAAUGAUGGUAUGAUUAUUUAUCCUUUGAGAAUGGCAAAUAGAGAUUGUUUAAAUACUAUUGAUUUAUUUUUGUACGAAGAAGAUGGUUUUUCUCAUUAUUCACUAAUUAAAGAUUUUAAUCGUUUGAUAAAGUCACAAAAAACUGCAAGUAAGAAUGGUAAAAUAUUUAUUUGUAAAAAGUGUUUUACUCAUUUCACUAAAGAAGAAUUAUUAGAAAAACAUAUCAAAUAUUGUUCUAACAAUGAAACAGCUUGUGUAAAAAUGCCUGAACCAAACACAAUGUUAUAUUUCAAAAAUUACUAUAAACAACUUCCUAUUCCUUUUGUAGUUUAUGCAGAUUUUGAAUGCUUUACCAAACCAAUGAAUACUUGCAGUCCUAAUCCAAAAGAAUCUUAUAAUUACAACUACCAAAAGCAUGAACCAUCAGGAUUUUGUUUUUAUGUUAAAGGAAUAGUUGAUAAAAAAAUUAAACCGAUAAUUUAUACAAAAACAAAAGAAGAUUAAGAUAUAUCAAAAGUAUUUGUAAAAAAACUUACAGAAGUAACUAAAGGUAUUUAUAACGAUUUUUAUCGUAGACCAAAACCUCUUAGACUAACUCGAGCCGAACAAAAACUAUUUGAUGAAGCAGAAAUUUGCCAUAUUUGUAAUAAAGAAUUAAAAGAAGAUAAAGUUAGAGAUCAUUGUCAUUUUACCGGUCAGUACCGUGGUGCAGCUCGUAACAGUUGUAAUUUGCAGUGCCGAAAACCAUUAGUUCUUCCAGUUAUAUUUCAUAAUCUUCAAGGAUAUGAUGCUCAUUUGUUUAUAAAACAACUUGCUAGAUUACCAGGUAAUUUGAACUGUAUUCCAUCUACGGAAGAAAAAUAUAUUUCGUUUUCAAAAAGUAUUAAAGUUGAUGAGUAUAUGUCUAAUAAAACUGGUCAAAUGGUUCCAAUAAAUUUUGAAAUACGAUUUUUGGAUUCAUUCAAGUUUCUUCAAACAUCACUUGCCAAUCUUGUUUCAAAUUUACAACCAGAUGAUUUUCAUAAUACAAAACAAGUAUUUAAGAAAAAUGUAAAUCUACUAACUCGUAAGGGAGUUUAUCCCUAUGACUAUGUUUCAUCACUUGAAAAACUAUCCGAAACACAAUUACCCCCAAGAGAAGAAUUCUAUUCAAAACUAAAUGAUGAAGAAAUAAGUGAUGAUGAUUACCAACAUGCUAUUAAUGUAUGGAAUACCUUUGAAUGUAAAACAAUAAGAGAUUAUCAUAAUCUUUACCUAAAGUCUGAUGUCCUUCUUCUGUCAGAUGUAUUUGAAAACUUUAGAAAAACUUGCCUAAAACAUUACAAACUAGAUCCAGCUCAUUAUUUCACAUCUCCUGGUCUAGCUUGGGAUGCAUGUCUCAAAGAAACAGGUCAGGAAUUACAGUUACUACAUGAUUAUGAUAUGUUAAUGAUGUUUGAGCGAGGUAUUCGUGGUGGAAUAACACACAUAUCAAAAAGAUAUGCAGAGGCGAAUAAUAAAUACAUGAAAGAUUAUAAUCCUGAUGAGGAGUCUAGUUAUAUUCAAUAUUUGGAUGCAAACAAUCUUUACAGUUGGGCAAUGUCUCAACAACUUCCUACACAUGGAUUUAAAUGGAUGAAAGAUAUAACAAAAGAAAAGGUAAUGGAAAUUUUAGAGAAAGCAAAUCAUAGUAUGUUUAAUCGUGGAAAAAAAGGCUAUAUAUUUGAAGUUGAUUUGGAAUACCCUUCCAACUUAUGGGAAGAUCAUAAUGACUAUCCUCUAGCACCUGAGAAGAUGAUUGUUAAUGGUGUUGAAAAACUAAUUAGUCAUUUUAAACUAAGAAAAAACUAUGUUGUACAUUAUCAGAAUCUUAGACAAUAUCUUGAGAUGGGAAUGAGAAUAACUGCUGUUCAUAGAGGAAUAUCAUUCUAUCAAAGUUCUUGGAUGGAACCAUAUAUAAGAAAAAAUACAGAACUUCGAAAGACAGCAGCCAACAGUUUUGAGAAAGACUUUUUCAAACUAAUGAAUAAUUCAGUAUUUGGAAAAACAAUAGAAAAUAUAAGGAAAAGACAAAAUAUAGAACUUAUUGAUAAUCGUAAAAAAGCUGCAAAACUAUCAAGUAGACCAAACUUUGAUAGAGCAACAAUAUUUGAUAAUCAUCUUAUUGCGGUCCAUAUGAAGAAGACUGAAGUUUAUUUUAACAAACCAGUAUAUGUUGGUCAAGCAAUUCUAGAUUUAUCAAAAACAUUAAUGUUUGAUUUUCAUUAUAACUACAUCAAAAAUAAAUAUGGAAACAAGGCUGAGUUAUUGUUUACAGAUACCGACUCGUUGAUGUACCAGAUUAAAACAGAUGAUUUUUAUAAAGAUAUAUCAAAUGACAUAAUAACCAAGUUUGACACGUCUGAUUAUCCUCCUAAUCAUAAAUCUGGAAUACUAACAGGAGUUAACAAAAAAGUGAUAGGGAUGUUUAAAGAUGAAGUAGCAGGAAAACAAAUUACUUGUUUUGUUGGAUUGAAACCCAAACUUUACAGUUUUAGAAUUGAAGAAGAUAAAGAAGUACGUAAAUGUAAAGGAAUAAAGAAAAAUGUUGUAAAAAAGAAAUUAGAUUUUGAUGACUAUGUUCAAUGUUUAUUUUUGGGAAGAAAAGAAAUGAGAAAGAUGAAAAUAAUAAGAAGUGAAAAUCAUGAUAUAUAUUCAAAAGAAGUUAACAAAGUAGCUCUAAGUAAUGAAGACGAUAAACGCGAAGUCCUCUUAGGAAAAGUAAAAACGAUAGUUUUAAGGUAA